AUGGCACCGAAACUUUGCUUUUUGGAUACAAUCAAUAAGAUUCUUGGUAAACUAUUUUUUUGAAACAGUAUAUCCAUUUUUUUGCUUGAAGAUAUGAUUUGCACUUUGGCGUCGAUGGGUAAGGAAAAGAAGAAAUGAGGCAUGAUUUCGAGAAAGCACGAACUGCUGUCUUGAUACAGUCGCUCCUGUGAGUUAUUCUCUUAUUCAAGGUUGGACUUUUUUUCAGUAUUUCUCUUUUUUUACCGGUUUUAUCAUUUAGAAAAGUUCUUGACGCAGCAAAUGAAGGAUAUGCCGAAAACUAUCAAGUCAAAGCUUACAGUAACAUUUUUAAGGGAACUUAGGGUCAAUCUGAUUGUUUAGCUUAAUUUUCUUUUUCAAAACUUCUUUCAUUUUCAUUUCGAGCCUCCCUCCUUUAUUUUUUUUUUCUAAUUUGAACUUUUAAAGAUCAUCUACGAGCUUACAAUCGGUUUACUUUUCUGUUUUUAUUGAAACUACUCUUUUCCUAGUCACAUUUUUUUCCUAUGAAAAAUAAACGAUACACAUGUUUUUCCUCAUAUUGUCCUUUUUUAUUCUUACUUGAAGCUUCACUCUUUCGCCUCAAUUCAAUUUUUUUUUCUUCUUCAGAUUUGUACAUACUUUCAGUUUACUUCGAAUUCGAAAAAUGUAUCAUCAAUUAUUUGGAAAUUUCUUUUAAUGCUCUCAAGUUUUUCAUUUAAAUAUAUUGUUUAUAUUAAAUAAAAAAAGUAAAGAAGGUUGAUAAAGACCGAUAUGUUAUCAUGUACAACCCAAUAAAAAGUAUGAAGCAUAGAAAGCAAAUCAAGAGCCCAAUCGAGCUAAAAAAAAUUUUUGAAAGAGCGACAUAGCAGCGAGAUGUGAGCGACCUUGCGCCGAGAGGCGAGCGAUAUAGCUCGCGGCUCCCCCGCGAUAUAGCGUUUCUCUCGCUGCGACCUCGUCCGUAAAACUGGGUGAAAACGACUGAGGAAAAGUAGGCAUGUGCGCGCCACCGCACAAGAUUACGGUGAGGCAAGCCACGCCCCUGGUCUAGAAAUAGCGGCGCCUAAAUUUUUGAAACUUUUGGAGUUUUUUUUCUGGUUUUUGCACACCAUAUAGUUAUUUCAUCUUACUAGCGCCAAAUAAUUUUAUGUUAUUCGUACGUAUCUCAAUGAGACGAAUCGAAUGGUUAUACUUUCAUGCAGAAAAUCAAACAUGUUGGUAACGUCGGAUUAUUUCCAUGAUCCGUCAAAAAAUUGAUGGCAAAGAUCGAUAGCCGGGAAAAAGAUUCGAACCUUCAUUAUAGGCUUCACAGGCUACCGCGCUAGCCACUGCACCACGCUCCUAGCUGUCAUGCAAUGACUUGUGCUGCGGAUAUAUUCCUUCCGAACAGUGUCACGUGUUUAAGGAUGAAAACUUUAAAAAUGCAUAUCUCCAACACGAAAAGUUAGCGCAGAUAGCGACUAUGCGGGAUCGAUUCCCAGUCCAUCAAAGAUCCUUUGAGCAAAUUUAUAGAAAAUUCCAAACCCUACGCAAAAAUGACCAUUCCACAGAUUUAGAAAAGUUCCGUAAACAAACGAAAAGAAAACCGUUUGCUGUUUUUCUUCGGAAUCCGGAACAACUUUUAUGGAUAUCAUAGGCAACACGGGAUGAAACUUUUUUAUUAUCUAACAUCAGAUAAAACUGUUUUUGAAUGAUUCCUGUACACUUUCGGCCGGAUUUUUCCCGGUAGAAGAUUACUAAGAUAAGAUAAGAAGAAGCGCUUAGAGGAUAACUUUUAUUUUUGAGUACUUUUACUUAGGACUGCCUGCCAGGGUUGCACGGAAUUCCGUUACCCGUCUUCAGCUUACCCGUCUUCCGCAUAA